AUGGCGGAUCAAGUCGCACAGCUAUACAAACUACUCCAGUCUCAGCCAGUAUCAGUAGAUAUUCUUCCUCCAGGAUUCAGUCCAACACCUGAUAAUCCACAUUCACCUUUCGAGUUUGCUCAAAACAACCUCGGAAUACCCAAGAAGGUAUACUAUGGACUGUACCUCGAGGCUGUUGAUCGGCUCAAUGAGUAUUUGGGUGGCUUGACGUCUUUGGACGAUGCUACCUUGCUCUCGGUCACAGCUGUGGUACUCCUUGUCAACCCGGCACACGCAUCCGCUCUCAACAUACGCAAGAGUCUGGUGGAACGCGGCCAUAUGUCUGAAAAGGAUGAGCUUUGCAUCUGCGGUGCACUCCAGCUCACUUCAGACGGGUCGAAAUCGUCCAUUCUCUGGCACCAUCGUCGAUGGCUCCUCAGGAGAAUCUACUCUUUGCCAUCAACUAAUGCAGAGAAGUCUCCAUUUGACACCCUCGAGGGCUGUAAGCUCCCAAUGGACGCUGUGCUCGCCGAGUUUGCAGUAGUCGCAACUGCUGGAGAGAUAUAUCCGCGAAACUACCAUGCGUGGAGGCAUCGGUAUAUGUGCUUACGCGGAGCUGUAUCCAGCUGUCGUGCUCAUCCAGAGCAGCAAGCUGCCUUGGCCCAACUGCUGAGAGCCGAGGAGUUCGGGUUAAAGAAAUGGACAGAACUGCAUGUGGCAGACUACACGUCAAUGCAGUACCUGUGCCAACUCUAUGCGGCAAUGGACGAGUGUGGCGUCCAACAUAUACACAUCCACGAGGGUGUAGAGGACGACUCUGAUCGUCAGGAGGAGCCGCAAUCUGGACUCGAGAUAGACACCGAAAGUGUAGAAGCGUUCAUUAAGUUGGAAUACCCAGCGGGCCGAGGCUUGUUCGCUUCCUCAUCUCUCCCUCAUCUACUAGGGUAUACCAUGGUCCUUCUCAACGGCCAAAAGUUUGCCUGCCAAUCUUGCAUAAAAGGCCACCGUUCUUCCAGCUGCAACCACAAGGACCGGCCCCUGUUCGAGAUCCGUAAAAAAGGGCGCCCUGUCUCCCAAUGCGAUGCCUGUCGGGAUCUCAGACGGACCAAGAAACUGCACGUAAAGUGUCUGUGCGAUGGGAGACGAGACCCAGAGGCCGAUAUUGGCCCUGUCGAGAUCCAAUCUCCAUGUGCCUCCAGCGGGAAGACUGUCGGACGAAAAAUUCCUCUUAUCCCGACAUUACCCAACGGGAUCAAGGACCUCCAGUCGAUUCCCUCUCCGACCACCGAGGACGCAAUGUCCAUCUCCAAAUUGGCGAGCAUCCCCGAGGCACAUGCCAAGCGUCCUUCUCCUUCUCCUGUCGAAGAGCAAACGAAGCCUACCACGGGGAGCGUUCCAAAGACUGCUGCUCCAUCACAUGCCAACGUGACUCCAGGCGCAAUUCCAUCCCCUGGGUUCCAGUCUGGACUGGUUCUUCAGACACAGCCUGCCGUGGAGUACAUGGAAUGCCUUUGUGGACCAGGUUGUCAAUGUGUUGGGUGCGCCCAGCACAACCAGGGUGAUUCAGAGUCCAUGGUUCAUGACGGAAUGAGCUGUCCGGUAGAUUGCCCGUCGUGUGUAGACAACACACAUGGUGCCGCCUGGCCAUCAAGCUUUGCUCAUCCAUCAUCAAAUGGUUCGAGCAUGUAUGGCUCCAUGCCAAAUACCUUUACAUUCCAUCAAGACAUGAGCGUCGACCAGUUGCCGCUAUCGCUGGACGUAGACCUCUCAAAUCUUGGUGUCAUGUCUUCAUGGGAUGCUCAAGCGAUAUGGAGUGCGCUUACGGAGACGAGUGGAGACGAUAUAGAUGCGGAUGGCUCGCCGAAUCCUGACUAUAUCCCACUCCCGGAAGAAGGGGUUCUACGCGCGACUAUCCCAAAGGACACAUCGUCGGUAUCAGCCAUCGCAGAGAACAAUUCACGCCCACUCGCCUGUUGCGUGACCAAAACAUGCUGCGACACACCGCACUCAAAAGAAGAACGCCCUCCUCAAAGGCAGCAUUCAAGGAGACUAAGAUUGUAA